AUAAUUAGGCAACGAAGUCGUCCAUUUAACACGAUCCUUACUGGGCGGCGCUCAUUCUGCCGAAUCUUUAUUAUGUUUAUGAACAUUAUAAGGUGAACACGGUCUCUAGAAACGCAAAAGUGAAGAAUUAAGUGACCGGAAGAUAAAAGACCAUCGAACGAAGACAUCUACAGAAACUUACACAGGCUUACAGAAGGAACAACCCGCCCCAGUGAGGGAGAUUGUUGGUGAGAAAUGGACAAGUUCGUAGCGCUGAGAGAAAACAACGUCACCUCCCGUAACAGAGAGGUCUACAACGAUGAAGUGUAUGAAAAUAUGGAGAACAUAAGUGAAAGAUUUACUAACGCGUGGGCUGCAGACUCGGAAAUUCCUAGUGACUACGGAACUCUGGACAUGGAACUGGAUGCUGAUGAGAUGAUGUUUGAGGCUAGUGAGCCUGAACCUAGUGUUUACGAGCAAAUGACAUUUGACCCUGAUCCUCAACUCUUAGCUAAAGAAUCACCCAGUGGGAAGGUAAAGAGUCGCGAGAUGAACACUGGGCGACCCCUCUCUCUAGAUCUGUCCGGGAGUCCACCUCCUCUUUAUCGUAGUCUUAUGAACAGGUUAUCACUAUCUGGAGAAAGAAAGUCCCGCAAUUCGCCCAGAUCUUCUUCUCCCGCUCUUCCAGCCUCCCCUUCUGGUUCAGAGAUAAUUAUACCAGAGACAGAUCAAAACGUCCGGAAUCCCCUUUAUACUCCCUCUCCUAGUGGAACCCCUUGUGGGAGUCCAGCAGUGUCAAGUUACUUGACAGAGAGACUUCAAGAAGAGGACAUAUACGAUUCUCCCGCUAGUUUCAAAGAUAGGCCCCCAGUGCUACCUCCAAAAAAGAAGAAAUCGUUGAGUUUAAAGCUCAGACAUAGUGUGAAUUUGGAGAGAUCUGGUUCCGACAGUUCACUGACUAAUACAAGAUCUAGGUUUUCUAGCCAGGGUAUCGCAUCUCCUUCAAGACAUCCUAGUGAAAGUAUCGCAUCUCCUUCUAGACAUCCUAGUGAAAGUAUCGCAUCUCCUUCUAGACAUCCUAGUGAAAGUAUCGCAUCUCCUUCUAGACAUCCUAGUGAAAGUAUCGCAUCUCCUUCAAGACAUGACUCCUCUCAAAGCUUUGGGUCAAGAAACUCGAGCCAAGCUGCUGGGUCAAGAAAUUCAAGUACUAAUGCUGAUUCAAGACAUUCCAGUCAAAACAUGGUAAUAGGAACUACAGGGGAAGAGUUUGUGGGCUCUCUCAUUGAGAAGAGUAAGAAAAGCAACAAACUAGAAAAACGGCUCAGCAGAAAAGGUAAAAAGAAAGUGCAGGAGGUGGAAGAAGUUGCAAAGAAAAGGAAAGAGGAGGAGGAGGAAGCAGCCGGCCAGAGAUCCUCCACACUAUCUAUAAAGGACGACUGGGACGAGAUAGACACCAUGAUGAUGGCACUGCAGUGCGACAUUGACCUCACCCAGCAAACCAUUAGACGCCCCGCUAAAUUAAAAUAUAACUCUACACGAGACAAGUCGUUGGAGGAGUGGCUAGUGAAACUAGAGCUACCGGAGAUUCAGACUAUGUUAGAGUUGAACGGGUGGGACCACAUUGACUUUAUACGACAGGUUAUCUCUAAAGAAGACCUCGCUGCCAUGGGGAUAAACAACGAUAAAGUUAAGAGAAAGUUAUUUAAGUCGGUAGAGGAAGAUUUAGAAAACUUUCAGCACGGCUCAGUCCCUGAAACGGUGGAGGAGUGGUUAACCUCAAUCCACCUCAGCAAAUACCUCAACAAGUUUAUCAGCUGUAGAAUGGGUUCAGUGAGCAGGGUUCUGGAGAUUUGGGAGGUAGAGUUGACGAGUAUCCUUACUAUUGAGCCUAUUGGGCACAGGAAGAGAAUAAUGAGGUCUAUCAGAGACCUAAGGACACUGCAGAGUUCUUUUGACGAGGCCGAGAAACGGAAGAAGGAUAGGAAGCCUAAGACAGCAGCUGAAGAGAAGUGGUUACACUCCAAAGAGGAGAUGUUACGAGGGGUGGACUAUCCUGUGAGAUACUUUGGUUCUGCUAUAGUAACGGGCCCUGAGAGCACCAAACAGUCAGGACUUAUCUGUGAACAACAACAGAGCAAAAUAAAGAGCAACCAGAAAGUUCCAGAGUUCAGACUUCGCAUUUCCGCCAGUGGAGUGGAACUAAUCGACAAACAGACCCACACAUCCACUUGCAGCUACCACAUCGAGGAUAUAUCUUUCGUAUCCCGGGAUAAAUCAAAUCUGCUGGUGUUCAGUUUCAUCAGCAGUGAUAGAAAGCUGAGUAUAAAGAUGUGUCACGUCUUCAAAGCGCACACCAGGAACCAAGCGUACGAGGCUUGUUCGACAAUUGCACAAUCGUUCGAAGUAGCUUUUCAGCUGAAACAUGAAGGUAAUGGGGUGCACUAUGAGGAGAAGUCCUGAUCAUGAAUUCAGUGUGUUUACCAACCAAUCGGGGAGCUGUUUUCUAGUCACGUGACUCAGACUAACCAAUCAGAGAGCUGUAUUCUAACCCAUCAGAAAAAAUCAGCAAAGGUGGGCUCAAUGUUGUGAUUAACACGAUCACCCCGCGGACCCAUCAGAGGGAGGUCCCUACGAUGGGGUAAAUUAAAUACAAUAACAAAGGUUUUAGUUAAACGUUUUGUCGAAGUGUAAAAUUCUCGAAAAGAUUGUUCAUUGCUUGAUUUGAGAAACUGCAGGAAAAGUUCGCCAUUUUUUAGUUUUUGUAUGAUGCCAGAAUUUUAUGUGUAAAAACUAUUUUCACUGCUUAACAAGGUGCUUAAAACUUU